AGGGGGAGCGGAUCGUGCGUAGAGAGCGCGCGCUUUGAGUACUUGUCUUGCUCUGGGCACGACAACGAUGGCGCCUCGAACGCGGAGCAGGAGUAGGAAGGGUGAGGAGAGCUCAGGGGCCGCAGGAGCCGGCUUGGCCGGUGGCAGCGGCGGCGGUGUGGAUGGGCAGCGGGCUGGGGCUGCGGCGCGGGAGGCUGGGACUGCGGAGAAGGAGAAGGUUGUUGCGGGCAAGUUCCAGCUGUUCCCGCCGCCGCCAGUGGGCCAUGUUGUGUCUGAGAUUGUGUCGCCGACGUACGAGCUUGUGGAGUAUGGUGAGGCGCCUGCGGUGCUGCAGUACAACAAGUUUGUGGAGACUGGGUACCGUGCGCAUCUGAGCACAGCGCAGGCGCUGGCCUCGUUUUGGCAUCUGCACAACGAGUCGAUGAACGUGUGGACGCACGGUGGUGGCUUUGUCUUCUUCCUCGUACUCUUCAUCCAGGGGUGGACCUCGUUUGGGUUUGUGGAUCCCAUCGAGUAUCUGCUGUGGACGUGCCAGACGUCGUCGGCGCUGAUCUGCUUCUUCUUCUCGGUCUCGUACCAUCUGUUCCAGUGCCACGGCGAGUGCUCGCUGACGUCGUACAAGGCGUGGCUCUCUUACGACUUGUGGGGUAUCCUGUACGCGUACGUGGCGUCGUCGAUCCGGCGGGUUUUCUACGCCCUCCACUGCUACCCGCGCCUCCGCAACCUGUGCCUCAUUGUCACGCUCGUCUUUGCCGCCGGCGUGCUGGUCACGGCGGUGACCGGCGCUCUGCUGGCCUCCCCCAAGAUGCGGGUUGCCAUCUUUGGCGCGCUCAUGGUUGCUGCCAACCUCUCGACUGUCUUCUCGCUGUAUCUCUCGGCCGGCUCGGCCGAGGCGCGGCAGCUGCACAUCCUCGCCAUUGUGCUGCAGGUAGUGGGCGGAACAAUCAACGCGACCCGCAUGCCCGAGCGCAUCCUCCCAUCGUGGAUCCGGCGCUCGUUCACCGACUACUAUUUCAACUCGCACGCCAUCAUGCACGUCGUUGUCGGCACCUCGGUCUACUGCACGUGGAUUGGGUGCAAUGCUGACUGGCAGUGGGCGAUGCACUCCGACGCGCCGUGCGCUGGCGUCGUGUAGGCGAACAACAAACAAUGGCCUCGUGCGGCACUUGACA